AGAAAACAUCACUGAUCUUACGAACCAAGACGCGCACGGUCCGGAACAACAAAGGAAGAGUGGUGGUGUGGUGACUUUUGGCUUCGUUACCGAGAUCACAUGAGCUGCAUUCAUGUGACCGGUUCACGUGGUUCCAGGAAUAAAUAACAGGAGGACCGUUUCACAACCACAUACUUUACUCAUCAGUGAAGGUCCGUUGGAGAGGGGGCAUCUGGAGCUGAAGAUUUACUCACGUACACGCCAACAGCUGACAUACGACCUACAACAAAAUGUGGCGCGCAGCCUUCCUGUUAUUGGCUGCCAGUUUGUCGGUGAUCCUGGCCAGACCCCGCCUCCAACCACUGUCCAGCGAGAUGGUCAACUACAUCAAUAAGUUCAACACUACCUGGAAGGCUGGUCACAACUUCCAUAAUGUCGACUACAGUUAUGUCCAGAGACUGUGUGGUACGAUGCUGAAGGGACCUAAACUGCCAGUCAUGGUUCAGUAUGCUGGAGACCUGAAGCUGCCUAAACAGUUUGACUCCAGAGAGCAGUGGCCCAACUGUCCCACUCUGAAGGAGAUCAGAGACCAGGGCUCCUGUGGAUCCUGCUGGGCAUUUGGCGCUGCAGAGGCCAUCUCCGACCGUGUGUGUAUCCACAGCAAUGCCAAGGUCAGCGUGGAGAUCUCCUCAGAGGAUCUGCUGACCUGCUGCGACAGCUGUGGCAUGGGAUGUAAUGGUGGCUACCCUUCAGCCGCCUGGGACUUCUGGACCAAAGAGGGACUGGUCUCUGGAGGCCUCUAUGAUUCCCAUGUUGGUUGUCGUCCCUACACCAUCCCCCCCUGCGAGCACCAUGUGAAUGGCAGCAGACCCUCCUGUACUGGGGAGGGUGGAGAAACACCUCAGUGCAUCUACAAGUGUGAAACUGGAUACACCCCCAGCUACAAACAAGACAAGCACUUUGGUAAAACAUCUUACAGCGUGCUGUCAGAUGUGGAGCAGAUUCAAAGUGAGAUAUACAAGAAUGGCCCAGUAGAGGGAGCCUUUACCGUCUAUGAAGACUUUCUGCUGUACAAGACGGGUGUGUAUCAGCAUGUGUAUGGGUCUGCUGUGGGCGGCCAUGCCAUCAAGAUCCUAGGCUGGGGGGAGGAGGAUGGUGUUCCCUACUGGCUCUGUGCCAACUCCUGGAACACUGACUGGGGUGAUAACGGUGUUGAGCUGCAGUGUCCAUUAUAUAAUCACUAGAGGGCAAUACCUCUGCUUGCCUGCUCUGGAGCUCUGACCAUGUCUAACUGCUUUUAGUCCUUAUAGUUAAAGCCCAUUGAUGACCUGCGCACACACAGCAUGUGGUUUUCUUUUGACAACAGACAGGGGAAAAACUUGAGAGCAACCUUCACUUCAUUUAGGUGGAUUAGCAGAUGGAAUAUGACAAACUAUGUGCCUCAGCACAAAUCACUAUUGUUGCAUUUAGGGUGUCUCUUGUGAAUGAGCUGCUGUGAGGUCAUGUUCCUUCACCUCUUAAAGCAAAAGUCAAUCAAAAGGUUGCACAGGAGGAAAAUGGGUUUUUAAGAUGCAUAGGUGCAUUUUAAUUUUAUCUCAGGUGAUUUGAUGCAAACUUGUCCCUGUUGUAGAAUUGAAUUUGUUCCCCCUGUUGCCUUUUUUUUUCUUUUUUUUUUUUCUCUGCACUGGUGAAAAGUGUCAUUCUUUCAAAAGAUGGCAAAUAUUCUGCCUAAUGCAGCAGAGGAGGUGAAUUUGUUUUAAUGUCUAAUUUUUAAUUAAUGAUCACAGCUCUUGUAUUUUUAUUUUAUUUUUUAAUCAAGCAUUAUUUCUCAGUGCCACAAAUGCCAGUCCCAUGAUGUUAUGAUGUAAUCAUUGUAAUUGAUGCCUGUUAGUGUUUUUAAACUUAGAGUAUGAGAUGAGCAGUUUGUUUUUUAUAAAUAAAACAAUUUGGUUCCCGA